AUGGGUUUGCUGACGGAUUUUUCUGCCGUUUUCAGAGAUAGAGAAAAAACAAGAAGGUUUUCAUCUCCAAGCAGAGUUGCAAUCUUCUUCUUUUGGGUCAUCUUAGUUUUUUCUCUUGUAACUUUCUUUUUGUCUAUUCACAAUGAAAGCGCCGCCGCCGUCCAAAACAGGAGCCGGAAUAGAAGUAGAAGUAGAAGCAGACAUUCAAUAAAGCCUUCAUCACCACCGUCGUUGCCGCCACAACUACAAGGAUCUUUAAGAGAUCAUAGUUUCAGCAGGGUGUUGUUCCAUGCACCAUUAUCAUCGUUUACAACUACCGUCAUGAAAACCAAAAAUGGUUAUUCACAACAACAUAGUAGUGUUGUUUAUGAGGAUGACAAAAGAAUAAUUCACACAGGUCCGAAUCCUCUUCACAACUAA